AGAGUACGACCCUGUCCACAUAUCCCCUCCGCUCGUUCCAGUGCGAUCAAACACAUGAUCUUUUGUGGUUCGGCUUGAUUCGGUUCGGGUGCCCAACAUUUCUCUGGAUCGUUAAAUUGCUAAUCGACAAACAAAUAGUUAAGGAUGUGCUGUGCCGCCACUUGAGUUCCAAAUCUCUCUCUCCAAGCAAGUCUAAUCAGUGCGUUUUUCGGAAUUUAUGUGGCUUUCCCAAAAGCAGUCUCUCCACGUGGUGCUAUCAAUGCGUUCAUUGUGAAGCAUUCCAAGAGUGUUGUUGGUAAAUAGAUUUUUUUUGCGUGUUACACUACAUGUAGCAACAUUGGUACGGCAAGAAGUGAACUAAAGGAGAAAAAACGAGACCCAGGCUUAAGAACUUUUUUUUAAGAGAUUUUGACCCACAAGAAGGAAAGAACGGAAAUACAACAAAUGGAAAAUCCCGCGGGAAUAGAUAAGCAAAAAGACAAUAAGGAAGAUCUCGCGAAGGAGAUAGGGAGCAUGGAGGAGAAGGAUCAAAGUGGAUUGAGGCAUGAAUGUGGUGUGUUUGGUGCCGUUGCAUGUGGGGAUUGGCCUACAUCGCUCGAUGUUGCGCAAAUUGUCUGCCUCGGCCUUGUGGCACUGCAGCAUCGUGGCCAGGAGUCUGCUGGUAUUGUCACGAGUGAGGGGAAGUGUGCCAAAAAUUUCAAUGUCUACAAAGGCAUGGGGAUGAUAAACAACAUCUUCGACGAUGACGCUGUGCGCAAUCUUCGUGGGAAUCUGGGUAUCGGGCACACGCGCUACUCCACAAGUGCAGCCUCCGACGAAGUCAAUUGCCAACCCUUUGUGGUGCAUACAGCUCACGGGGUCAUGGCAGUGGCACACAAUGGGGAGCUAAUAAACUGCGAGAGCCUCAGGAAGGAUGUCCUGUCGCGCGGUGUUGGCUUAUCCACGCAUAGUGACAGUGAGCUCAUAACACAGGCUCUCUGUCUCAAUCCACCUGAAGGGGAAGUUAAUGGCCCGGACUGGCCAGCUAGAAUCCGCCAUCUAAUGCAACUAGCUCCACUCUCCUACUCCCUCGUGAUCAUGAUGAAGGAUAAAAUCUACGCGGUGAGAGAUCCCUACGGCAAUCGUCCGUUGUGCAUUGGAAAAAUUGUUCCAGUAACUCUUGGAAGUAAAACCGCAAAUGUGGAUGAUUUGGAUGCAGAAGGAUGGGUUGUAUCAAGUGAGAGCUGUGGUUUUCUCUCAAUUGGUGCACGGUACGUUCGUGAAGUUGAACCAGGUGAAAUUGUGGAGCUAUCUCGCCAUGGAAUACGCCAAAUUGAUAUUGUUGAACGACCAGAGAACAAGAAGCAGGCCUUCUGCAUAUUCGAGUAUGUUUACUUUGCACGAUCAGACUCCUUCUUUGAGGGGCAAAUGGUGUACUCUGUGCGUCUGCAGUGUGGCAGACAACUGGCCCGGGAGGCUCCUGUUGAUGCGGACAUUGUGAGCUCUGUGCCAGAGUCUGGAACAGCUGCCGCUCAUGGGUAUGCUCGAGAGUCUGGGCUGCAUUUUGCUGAGGUUCUCUGCAAGAAUAGAUACGUAGGAAGGACAUUCAUUCAACCAUCUACGCGUCUCCGGCAGCUUGGGGUGGCUAAGAAGUUUGGAGCACUCACUGAAAAUGUUGCUGGGAAGAAAUUGAUCCUCAUUGAUGACUCCAUUGUGCGUGGCAAUACAAUUGGACCAAUUAUUAAAUUGCUGAGGGAUGCUGGUGCUUUAGAGGUGCACAUUCGCAUCGCCAGUCCACCACUUCUCUAUCCGUGCUACAUGGGCAUCAAUAUCCCCACGAGGGAGGAAUUGAUUGCCAAUCGAAUGGAUGCAGUAGCUCUUGCACGUCAUGUGGGUGCAGACAGUCUCGAGUAUCUCAGCGUGGAGGGACUCGUAAAGGCCGUUCGGAGUAAUCUCAAGUCCACCCAAAGUGAAGAUCAAAUUGGGCAUUGCACAGCGUGUCUCACGGGUGAGUACCCCGGUGGGCUUCCUGAAGAAUUGAGCUGGUGAACACUACUCAACUUCCCAGCACUAUACUCUCCCUCCUCCCAAAAACAACUCAAAAGAAAAAAAGAACCCUUAGCCGCCCCCCAUCAACAAAGUUGAUUGGAAUAUUUUGUUGAUUUACAUUAUUUUUAUUUUCUUAUUUUUUUUUUAAAUUAAAAAUUGACCUUUUUGUCAUAUUUUCCCCAAACAAUUUUUAGAAUUAAGAGAGAAAAAAGCUAUUUUUUAUAUCAUAUUUCUUUCUCAAUGGCAUUGGAAUAUUUUUUGUAUGACAUCUUACUGUCUCCUCCGGCGACAGUCCCACGUAGAGGCUAGAGAUUUAUCAAUAAAAAUUUCUUAUAUUCUGUCAAAAAAAAA